AUGGCAGCAACGACGACGACUCGUUACGUAUCUGUAUCAUCAUCAACACCAACAACUCGUAAUAGUGAACGAAUUUCACAAUUAAAUCCAAUUGAAAGUUUGCAUCAAACAAAUAUCAAUAAAGAAUCGAUGACUAAUAUAACACCAGGUGUACCAGUUAAAUUUGCCGAUAAUACAUUUAGUGUUAUUAUCAAAGAUCAAAUUAGUCAAUUACUUAAUUUACCACAAAUAAAACAACUUAAAUAUAGUGAAGAAAAUGCUGCUCGAACAGUAACAUAUGAAAUUACAGAAAUUAUAAAACAAAUUAUGGCAGGACAUAUAAAAGAAAAUUAUAAAGUUAUUAUACAAGUCAUGAGUUAUCCCAAACAAGAUGAAAAUGAUAUUUUAAUAAUGAGUCGAUGUUUAUGGAAUUAUCGAACAGAUGAUGUACUUUCAGUAGAAAUUGAAACAGAUAUAUUCAAAUUUUUAAUUAUUAUUCAUGGUAUUCUUGCAUAA